GAGUGGGUGUUUGUGUCUGUCGUAGUAUCUGGCAACCCUGGACAGCCCCAGCCGGUGAAUCUUGCGUCGGUUCCUCGCUCAGCUGAACCUCCGCAGUAGGUCUCUCUGUGUAGCCGGUUAGCAUCAUGGCGAACGUUGUGGAUACUAAGCUAUACGACAUCCUCGGAGUUUCACCAUCUGCCUCUGAAAAUGAACUAAAAAAGGCCUACCGGAAAUUGGCCAAAGAGUACCAUCCUGACAAAAACCCUGAUGCUGGAGACAAGUUUAAAGAGAUCAGUUUUGCGUAUGAGGUCCUGACAAACCCAGAAAAAAAGGAGCUUUAUGAUCGCUAUGGAGAACAGGGGCUACGGGAGGGAGGAGGCGGAGGGCCUGGCAUGGACGAUAUCUUCUCUCACAUUUUUGGUGGAGGACUGUUUGGGUUCAUGGGGGGACAGGGCAGAGGACGCAAUGGAGGCAAGAGGAGAGGAGAUGAUAUGGUACACCCUCUGAAAGUUUCUCUUGAAGACCUCUACAAUGGCAAAACCACCAAACUGCAGCUCAGUAAGAAUGUGCUGUGUGGUGCCUGUAAUGGUCAGGGGGGUAAGGCAGGAGCAGUGCAGAAGUGUGUGGCAUGCAGAGGACGAGGUAUGAGAAUCAUGAUUAGACAGCUGGCCCCUGGGAUGGUCCAACAGAUGCAGUCAGUCUGCACAGACUGCAAUGGAGAGGGUGAGGUGAUAAAUGAGAAGGACCGCUGCAGAAAGUGUGAGGGUCAUAAGGUGUGUAAGGAGACUAAGCUUCUGGAGGUGCAUGUGGACAAAGGCAUGAGACAUGGACAGAAGAUCACAUUCUCUGGGGAAGCUGACCAAGCACCAGGCGUCGAACCAGGAGAUAUAGUCCUGGUGCUGCAAGAGAAAGAACAUGAGGAAUUCCGCCGUGAUGGCAGUGACCUUCACAUGGUCCAACGUAUCGGCCUGGUUGAGGCUCUGUGUGGCUUCCAGUUGACUGUCACUCACCUUGAUGGACGCCAGUUGCUUGUCAAAUACCCACCUGGCAAGGUCAUCGAGCCAGGCUGUAUUCGAAUGGUGAAGGGAGAGGGAAUGCCUCAGUAUAGAAACCCAUUUGAGAAGGGAGACCUUUACAUCAAGUUUGACGUCCAAUUCCCUGAAAACAACUGGAUUAGCCCCGAAAAACUAAAUGAACUAGAGUGCUUGCUGCCUGCUCGUGCUGAAAAUCCUGUUAUUGCAGCAGAUGCAGAGGAAGUUGACCUGACAGAUUUUGACAAGAGUCAAGGGUCAGGAGGUGGAGCCAGGAGAGAGGCCUACAAUGAUAGUUCUGAUGAGGAAGGGGGCCAUCAUGGCCCAGGGGUGCAGUGCGCACACCAAUAGAAAGACUCAUACAUAAAGACAUGCACACACAUAACACAUAAAUACAUGAACAUCCCUCGAGUACCAUCGCUAACACCAUUCAAGACUUGAUGCACAUCCAUGCACAUUUCUCUCCUUUCAUGAUUCCAAUGAAAAUGAGACAUACACAAAUACAUAUACAGGUAUAUCCACCCUCCUCAGUUCCAUGGUGCCCAUAAGUCAGAUGUGUGGAUGCUGGAUGUGUGAUGACCAUUUUGUGUUUAUGGACAGUAGUGCUCAUCAAAGCCUUCAGCAAGAAGGUGGUCUCAGUCUCAGAGGUCAUUGACUGAACAUGACUUUGACUUCCCUAUUUUCAUCCUAGGCUUUUCCCUUUCACUGUGGGAAACACCAGUCUAGUGUAUAAAAUGCAAAUAUUGUUGACUAUCUUGUAUAAUGUGUAGUUUAGUCUAUCACACACAAGCGCAUGCUGCUUUCUUGCUGAAGAUCUUGCACAUAUAGAUCCAGGGUCCGGACACUAUAGAGAAAUCACCACACCUGUUUAAAUUUCAAUGUGUCCCUGCUAUCAGAGUGCUCUGCUAUCAUGAGAGCUGACCUGAUUACGGCCCUAAAAAUGCGUCCUCUGCACAGCCUGCUGAGAACCGCACGUCUAACGCACCUCAUCCUCUACGGUGAACUGUCAUAUUUUAAAAACGGGACUGGUUGUGUUUAGUCCCCAGCUGUCACAUUGCUAGAAUAUUAAAGCCCUGAGUAUAGCACCUGUCAGCAAGGCACCAUGUUUUCUUAGUUUGGAAUUUAAACUUUUUGUCUUUGUUGGUUUGAAUGUUAGUGUGUUCGAGACCACAGAACUUGAACCUGAGUUGUGUACUCUUCUUGUGAUUUGAGGACACACUUGUGUACUUUGUAUGUAUGUAUGUGUGUAAUGCAGUGGCUCAGUGUGUGUGAGCUGCUGUGGAAUGUUCUGGCUUAUUAGCGUGAUAGGUAUUCCUGCUUUGUGUUGGACUGCAGUGUGAGUGGACACUAUAGGGGGUCAAUUCAAGAGGAAAAAACAGACCGUUUAUUUGCUGAGAUUCUCUCCCAUGUAGACAUUUUCCCUCUACUCACCAGGACAGAGAGAUCCUCCUCUCUUGCAGGAAAACCACUGGGCCCACACCAACCUUCUGUAUUAUACAUAUCUCCCCAUCGUAGAGAUGUUAGCCAAACUUACGUCCUUUGACAUGUUACAAUAUUCCCAUCCCCAUAUACCUGUAAAUAAAUACAGCCCCAGUCCAUAGGUGCAUUCAAAGUCUACAGCAGUGUCCUUCGUCUAGUCACAUUAUUUCUUACACAAUAGAGUAAUGGCCAACAGUGCCAAUAUAAAUGUUUUGUUCACAAGAAGGUGAGUUGAUGGAACCUCUGUAGACUGUUAACAUGCACCUCUGCGACUCAUUGUGUAUGUAAUGUAGGCCACAGGGGGAUAAUGUGUACACAACUGAAGGGGGUCAUUGAUAAAUGACAUUAAUGUUGAUGCUUAUGUUUGUCAAGAUGAUAAUUAAACUGUAUAAUAAACAGUCA